AUGAUUAUAAACCCCAUCUUCAUAGCUCUAGGCUUCCUACCAGCAGCCCUGGCAAUCAAGCCCUUCACAUGGAACAGCACCACAUUCCUCCUCCAUGGCGAACCCUUCCAAAUAAUCGGCGGUCAAAUGGACCCCCAGCGUAUCCCCAAUGAGCUCUGGGCCGAUCGACUCGCCAAAGCGCGGGCCAUGGGCCUCAACACCAUCUUUUCCUACGUCUACUGGGACCAACUAGUCCCAGAGCCAGGCGCCUGGGAAACAACCGGUAACAACGACAUCGCACGUUACUUCAAGAUAGCACAGGAGCAAGGUUUGCACAUCGUCCUACGCUCAGGACCCUACAUCUGCGGCGAGCAUGAAUGGGGCGGAUUCCCUGCCUGGCUGAGCGAAGUACCAGGCAUGGUCGUUCGAACGAGCAACAAGCCUUACCUCGCCGCAGCAAAGUACUACAUCGACCACCUCGGCGAGGAACUCAAGGAUAUGAUGAUCACAAACGGCGGGCCCAUUCUCAUGGCCCAAGUCGAAAACGAGUACGGCUCCUACGGCGACGACCACGUCUACAUCGCUUCUCUGCGCGAUAUGAUGAGUCAGGCAUACGGUGUCCCUCUUUACACUAAUGAUGGCGGCGAAGAGUCCAUGCUCGACGGUGGCCAGAUCACUGGUGCGCUCGCCGAGAUCGACGGCAGUCCACAGACCGGAUUUGCUGCGCGCAAUGAAUACGUUACUGAUCCCAACAGCCUGGGCCCACUACUCGACGGGGAGUACUACGUUACGUGGCUGGAUCAAUGGGCAAGCAACUACACACACGAAACGGAUGUUGGAAAUACGGCAGCCAUCCAGCAGGUGACUUCUGACCUUGACUGGAUCUUGCGGAACGACAGCUCGUUUAGUAUCUACAUGUUCCACGGGGGCACGAACUGGGGGUUCCAGAACGGCGCGGAUUGGGGAGAUGCGCUGGAGCCGAUUACCACGAGCUAUGAUUACGGCGCACCGCUUGAUGAAAGUGGGCGGACGAAUGAAAUUUACCAUUCCAUUCGGGAGACGAUCGGUGCCUACGUUGGCGCUGAUACUAUUCCCGACCUGGUGCCCGAGACCCCGUUGAUUGAUAUCCCGGCUAUAAAGCUUGAGCCUGCGGUCAAUCUCUUCGACGCGCUUCCGGACCCAAUUCUUAAAACGGCGCCUGUUAAUAUGGAGGCGGUUGGUCAAUCUACUGGGUUUAUAUUGUAUCGACACGUCGCCACGGCUGCUGGCAGUGGACUUGUGAAGGCGGGCGAUCAGCCUAGAGACCGGGUUCUCAUCUACGUGAAUGGGAAGCGCGUCGGUGUGAUCGAUAGCACUUACGAAGUACCGAAUAGCGUUUCCGUGACCUUGAAGAAGAACGAUAUACUGGAUCUUCUGAUUGAGAAUCUUGGUAGAGUGAACUUUGGAUCUGAGAUAAUCGAUCAGCGAAAGGGAGUGGUUGGAAAUAUCACGGUUGGUGGGACAGUUCUCUCUAACUGGGAAUUGUAUCCGCUUCCUUUGACCUCUCUCCCUGCCGCUGCAGCUACAGCACCUCAGGUGACGACAAACUCCGCGCCGAUAUUCUAUACGGGGUCUUUUGAUGUGGAUACAGUUGGUGAUACCUUCCUUGAGCUGCCAGGAUGGACAAAGGGUGUUGUUUGGGUGAAUGGGGUCAAUUUAGGCCGGUACUGGGUUAUUGGACCUCAACAGACGUUGUAUCUUCCUGGCGUUUAUCUUCGUGAGACCGGAAACAGUAUUACUGUGUUGGCGCUUGAGCCAACCGGGGAUGAGGGUGAGGUCCGUGGAAUCACCACCCGGAACUGGGGGAAUAAUCCCGACCCUGAUAGGUGA